CACCCGCGCCAGCUAUGGCCAACGCGUUGAAAAUGGUGCCCGUGGUGGUGCGUGUUUCACUGCCCGCCGGCGCCUCUUGGUUGCUUGUUCUUGUUACCAUCUUCGGAACAGGGUCCGCCUUUUUUCGCUAUCACUAGCGCACAGCCCUCGCGGGCCCUCGUUUUUUCGCUCUCUUUCUCACGGGAACACCUCGCGCCCCUUUGCACUACCGACAAAAACUAGCAGCCGCCUGCGCUCUUUUCUCUCUCUCUUCCAACCGAUAAAGAGCACCCGCGGGCCGUCCCUCUUUCCUUUCUGUUCUCUCUCUCACUUUUACCGAUAUGACGAACACACAGGCGCAGCAACUGCACGCCAAUAA